CUCUCCACCUAAAAAGACCCCAACAACACUCCACUUCACACCGACACCGUUUCGUUUGGGUCGUUCUUUGCUAUGGAAACGAAAUGUCAGUUCGUUGAAAAAUGUUGUCUAAGCACAACAGCCAUACGGACGUCGUCGGUUGGUUUCGUUUUGCGUUUGUUCCAUCGACAACAACUAUGCUUGUUCUUCUUCUACUUCGUGCACAAGUUCAUCGAGUUUGUUAUGAUGGAUGGAUGCAAUGACAAUUUAUGUUUGUUAUUCGUGUGUUUUUUUUGUAUUCCAAAGCCCAAUCCAAUGAAAUGAAUGUUUGAUGGAAAUUGUUUAUUAAAAGAAAAAGUAGGCCCGAUUAUUUGGGCUGCCAUGAAAAUUGAAACAAAGAAAAAGAACAGCAAGUGAAUGUGUUUUGUCAAUUCUAUUUCAAUUUGUAUUUCCUUGCAAUUAUAUCCCAGUCUUUGAAUAAUUAAUAAAUGUAAACAAAAACAACACGGUCUCUCUCUGGCGAAAAAGUGAAACAAUUUGGCGCGCCAUUUCUUUUUGAAGGCAAAAAUGCAAAAAAAUUAAAUUGUAAAAUAGAAAGAAAAGCAAAUGAAAUGAAAAAAGUUUAGUUAAUUUAUGCAAAAAAUAGUUGCAUUACAAACGGGGUCAUAGCUUAAGAAACUACUUUAAAGAAGAAAGUAGUGAGUCCCUGGCCACAGUUCACGUGGAAAUCAAGUCUUGUCUUCCCAUGCUAAGGCAAGAAUUGCAAAUAUAUCAACAAAAUGGCGUCUAAUUGUAUAAUAAUAACAUUGCCACCAUGUACGUUUUUCAAUGUAAAUAUAACAAGUAAAGCUUACAAUAAAUAAGACGCCCUUCCCGCCGGAGUAAAGAUUAAAAUGGACUAAGGAACAUCUUCUUAAAAAAGGAAGUCAAAAUAAAAAAGACAAAGUCUAAGCAAUAAAUGACGGCCUAAGAAAAAUUAAAAGCAAUCCAAGAAUCUUGAAAAAAAGACAAGAAACUUCAAUAAAAUAUUAAAAACAAACAACUUGCCCAAAGACAACCUAGAGUAUUAUUUAAAAAACAAAAAAUAAGCAACAACUACAACAUAGAACAAAACCUCAAACAACUGAAAUUGUAAAAUAAAAAUUACUUACAAUUUAUUAAACAACAAAAAUUAACAGCCCUAACUUCGUUUCUACGCCACGGCGAAGUUUUGGCAGAAUAUAAUUAGAUACACAUAAAUAGUUGGCGCCCAAUUGAAAAUCCAGCAGCAGCAACAAAGAGCAACAAAACGUUGAGGAAAAUUUGUUCUUUAUGGAUGCAGGAGGUCUUCCAGUCUACCAGAGCGCCAAUCAGGCAGCCGCCCAACAACAACAACAGCAGCAGCAGCAACAACAACGCCACCAACAACACCAGCAACAUCAAUUGAAUAUUCAAUUGCAGCAGCAGCAACAUUUGCAACAUCAUCAACAACAACUGCAGCAACAUCAAAACAUAAGCUUACAUUUGCAACAGCAGCAGCAGCAACAACAACAACAGUUACAGGCAUCACAGCAACAACACGUUCACAAUGUGCAACAGCAACAGAUCCAGGUGCAACAGCAACAACAAACGCAACGUUCGCCCUAUCAUCAAUCAAAUGCUGCAACAAAUUCCAGUCCAGGAUGCUCAAUUGGCGGCGGCCUUGGACCUGGCGGCAACGGAACUGGCGGCUCUGGCCAAACAAACACAAAUUCGGGCAUGCCCUCGCAACAGCAACAACAGCAGCAGUCUCAGGGCCUUAACAACAACGGCCUCAAUGCCGUGCCCUCGCCCCAGGGCGGUGGACUCAUGGGCGACAUUGUGCCACCGAAACGCCAACAAAUGUUCGAACGUUUACGACGCCGCAUGGAAAACUAUCGACGCCGUCAAACCGACUGUGUGCCACGCUACGAACAGACAUUCAGCACUGUGUGCGAGGCGCAGAAUCAUGAGACGAGUGCUCUGCAGAAACGCUUCCUCGAGAGCAAGAACAAACGAACGGCCAAAAAGACGGAGAAGAAGCCCACAGAAAGCGCCACAACAAUGUUGUCCAGUAAUCUGCAAAGCAGUGUUCAUGUGCAACAAAAGUUCUUAAAACGACCCGCUGACGAUGCCGACAAUGGUGCCGAAAAUUUCGAACCGCCCCACAAAUUGCCCAACAACAACAACAAUUCCAAUAACAGCAAUAAUAACAACAACAACAAUGGCUCCGAGAAUCUAAAAUUCUCUGUGGAAAUUGUCCAGCAACUGGAGUUCACCACCUCGGCGGCCAAUUCUCAACCCCAGCAGAUAAGCACCAAUGUCACAGUGAAAGCCCUGACCAAUACCUCCGUGAAAAGUGAACCGGGUGUAAGUGCAAGCGGCGGUGGGCCAGGCGGUACCGGUGGACCCGGCGGUGGUGGUGGUGGUCCCCAGGGCAGUGAUCCCCAACAUAAUGGUAACAAUAACAACAACAACAAUCGCGGUGGCAUGCAUAUGGGCAGUGGUGCAGGCAGUGCUUCGAAUCUAAUGGGUGGCCAUAACAUGAAUGCAGCUCAGCAGCAGCAGCAGCAACAACAACAACAACAGAAACCCAACAACAUGGGUGGUUUGGGCAAUUUGGUGGAGUGUAAACGUGAACCGGACCACGAUUUCCCCGAUUUGGCCGGCUUGGAGAAGGAUGGCGGUCCGAACAGUAACUUUCCCGCCUUUACCGAAUUCAUGGGAGACGACGGCGCCGUGGGCAAUGAAACCUUCAAGGAUCUCAUCAAUGACUUGCAAGAUUUCAAUCCUGGCUUUUUGGAUGGCCUCGAUGAGAAACCCCUGAUGGACAUCAAAACAGAGGAUGGCAUUAAGGUGGAACCGCCCAAUGUCCAGGCCUUGAUUGAUAGCUUGAAUGUCAAGUCGGAAAAUGCCAUGGCUCAGUUUAAUGCAGCCUUUGGAGGUGGUGGUGGUCCAAAUCCAGGUGGUCCCAAUGUUGGCAGCGGAAUGGGUGGCGGACCCAUGGGUGGGGGACCAGGUGGUCCCAACAAUGAUCCGCAAGGCAUGAACAAAAUGCGUUCCCAGUUCCAGAAUGGUCCCAACACAGGACCCAUGUCCGAAUUAUCACUUGCCGCCCAAACCCUCAAACAAAUGGCCGAACAACAUCAGCACAAGAAUGCCAUGGGUGGCAUGAAUUUCCCCCGGCCGCCCAUGCAUCAGGGUCAGCAGAAUCAAAUGAUGGGUGGUGGCGGUGGUGGUCCCAAUGGUCGUUACAAUGACUAUGUUGGUGGUUUUGGAGGGCCCAAUGAUUUCAUGCAGGGUCCCAAUGGUCCCCAACAGCAUCCGCAACAUCAAAACAUACCACCCCAAUUCCAGCAAAAGGCUCAGGGUGGUCCCAUGGGUGGCAACAAUGUACAGCAGUCCUUCUUGGACAUUAAACAGGAGCUCUACUAUUCCUCACAGCAGAAUGAAUUCGAUCUCAAGCGUCUUCAGCAGCAACAGCAAAUGCAGCAGCAGCAACAACAACAACAGCAGCAGCAGCAUAUGUCACAAGCCAAUAUGGGUAAAAUGGGACCCAAUGGGCCCAUGGGUGGUGGUGGCGUUGGUGUGGGCAAUUUCCCCAAACCCAAUGGUCCCGGACAACAGCAAUCUCAAACCCAAAAUCCAAACCAACAACCCCAAUACUCGCCCUACAAUUCCCCCAUGGGUCCGGCCGGAGGCGGUGGUGCCGGCGGACCUGGCAUUCCCGGUGGUUCCCAGGGUGGUAUGGGACCAAACUUUAUGCAAGGACCUGGACCACGCGGUGGACCAGGCAUCGGUGUUGGUGGUAUGGGACCCAACCAAGGUGGCCCAUCAAAUGGUCCACCCAACAUGUCACCAGUCCAGCAGCAGCAACCACAGUCGCAACAACAACAGCCACAAAAUGCCAAUGCCCGAGGUCCCAACUCACAACAGAAUUUACCGAAUAUGGGCAGCGCGGGACCAAAUAUCAAUAAUCAAAAUGGUCCGAAUUCGGGACCGAAUCUAAAUGGUCCCGGCAAUGGACCGGCGGCCGGUCAGCAGCAAGGUAAUCCAAAUAUGCCACAGCAACAACAACAGCAGCAGGCCCAACAAACCACCACAACAACGUUGCAAAUGAAGCAGACGCAACAGUUGCAUAUUUCACAGCAAGGUGGCGCUCAUGGUAUUCAGGUCUCGGCUGGACAACAUUUACAUCUCAGCGGUGAUAUGAAAAGUAAUGUGUCGGUGGCUACGCAGCAGGGAGUGUUCUUCAAUCAACAGCAGCAGCAGCAACAACAACAACAGCAGCAACAAAAUACUCAAAAUACUCAGCAACAACAAACGCCUGGCAGCAAUGCCGGUGGUCCCAAUGGCCAACAGCAACCUCAACAGCAACAACAGCAGCAGCAGCAACAACAACCAAAUCAAAAUAUGAACAAUAAUAACGGUGCUUCCGAUGGUGGCUUUAGCAUGUCACAAACACAGUCCAUGAAUUUCUCCCAACAACAAUCACAAAAUCCCGCAGCAGCUGGCGGAGGACCCCAGCAACAACAACAGGUGCCACCAAACAUGAGACAGCGUCAAAAUCAAAACCAAAAUCCAGCAGCAGCAGGUCCGGGCAAUAAUGGGCCAGGUCCAAAUGUGUCGGCGACGGGACCGAAUGGUGGUCCCAAUGUUGGACCAGGCCUUAUGAACAAUCCUCAAGUCCCUGGUGGUGGUCCAAAUGUGGGUCCAGGGCCCAAUAGCGGACCCAUGAACUCAAUGGGAGGACCAGGUGGCAAUGGUCCCAAUGUACCCGGUCCAAAUGUUCCCGUUAUGGGUGGACCCAAUGGUCCUAUGGGUGGCAUGGGGCCGGGCGGCAUGGGCGGUGGUGGUGGUCCCAAUCAAAUGAUGUCGGCCGGAGGUAUGAAUCCCAAUGCUGGACCCAAUCCAGCCAUGAUGAUGUGUCCCGGCGGUCCCAAUGGGCCACCCAUGAACAUGAAUCAAGCUAAAUUCCGUCAGCAACAAGAAAUGAUGCGUGCUCAAGUCAUGCAACAGCAUGGCAUUGGUUCUCGACCCCCACCACCGGAAUACAAGGCCACACAGGCGCAGCUAAUGCAGGCCCAGAUGAUGCAGCAGACGGUGGGCGGUGGUGGACGUUUCCCCAAUGCAGCAGCGCAGGCGGCGGCAAUGCGACGAAUGACCCAACAGCCGAUACCGCCAUCAGGUCCCAUGAUGCGUCCCCAACACUCUAUGUACAUGCAACAUUCCGCUGGAGGACCACGCUCUGCCAUGGGUCCCUAUGGUGGACCAAUGGGUCCUGGUGGUCCCCAAAGACCGCCUAAUGUUCAAGUAUCUCCCGAUGGCAUGCCUGUGGGCUCACAACAAGAAUGGCGUCACAUGAUGAUGCAACAGCAGCAGAUGGGCUUUUCUGGACCCGGUGGUCCAAUGAGACAGGGAGCGGGAGGUUUCAAUGGUGGAUUCAUGGGCAGCGGAGGCGGUGGUCCCGGCAUGCCUAAUGGUCCCAAUGGUGGUGCUGUCGGCAUGGGUGGUCCCAACCCUGGCAUGCAGCUAACACCCGCUCAAAUGCAACAGCAAAUGAUGCGUCAACAACAAAUGCAAAACCAACAAAUGAUGGGCGGCGGCCCCAAUGCCAUGCAAAUGCAACAAAUGAUGCAACAACAGUCCAUGCAGCAACAAGGCGGUCCCGGUGGUCCUGGCGGUGGCAUGAUGACACAAAUGCAAAUGACCAGCAUGCAUAUGUCACAAACCCAAAUUAGCAUGCAACAACAACAACAAUUUGUCCAACAAACCGCCACCGCCACACACCAACAACAGCAAAUGCUACAAAUGUCACAAGGUGGCGGUGUUGGUCCAUCGGGUGCUGGUGGCGGCGGCGGCGUACCGGGUGGUCCCAACGGACCCGGCCUCGGUCCCGGUGGCAACGGCAACAAUGUACUCUCCUCAACAUCUGCCACAGUAUCAUCCGUCUCCAGCGUCGUGGCCACAGCGAACAGUGCCAAUAGCAUGAAUCAAGGCAUCAAUUCGGUGGUUGGCAACUCGAAUGAUUUGUGUCUCGAAUUUUUAGAUAAUUUACCCGUUGAUGGUGGUAAUUUCUCAACACAAGAUUUAAUCAAUUCACUAGAUAAUGAUAAUUUUAAUAUACAAGACAUUUUGCAAUAGACAUAUUAAAACAAACUUACAUAUACAUAUAUUUAAUCACACACACACACACACCCGCAUACAUCUACAUUUACAUUUGCAAAAAUGAAAAACAAAAAACAGAAAAUCAAAUUUUGAAAUUGAAAAAUGAAUGCCACAAAGAAAAAAAAAUUGAAAUUAAUCGAGUAAGAAAAAUUGUUGCUUUGUUGUUGAUAUUGAGUUAGGCAAAAAGUUUGCAAAAUUUGGUCUUUGUUUUGUAUGACGGACGAUGCGAAAAUGAAUUCGAGGGAAACACAUAAUUUCAAAUGAAUUCGAAUUUUUUUGGAGUAAAAUUCAAAAUUCGAAAGACAUAUUAUUUGAAAUGGUGUAUUUCUUUCGCAUUCGUCAUACCAAAACAGGCACUGAGUCAGAAAUUUUAGUAACGGGACUACAAAGUUCAUGGAUUAUUAUCAAUAUUAUAUGGCGAUCUGGUAAGAUCUUAAAAAGGUAUAUCAAAAUGUCGUUAAAUUUACAUUUUUUUACUUUGCUUUUUGUUAACAAAGUUUCAUGAGAUUUCAAAAUGCAAAUUUUAGGUAAUACCAGAUUGAUAUACAAUAUUGAUAGUUAGCAAAUUCACCCUGUAGUCCUGUGUAGUGCUACUAUAACAAAUUGAAUCAAUAAAAUCAAUUUGUCCUUGUAAGUCCUGUUCAGUCAAGGCAAUUUUCGUUACUUCCCUUUGUGAAGCUAUUGGACCACAUAAAAGUAUUUUAUUGUAUACAAAGACAUUUACAUAAACAUACGUAUAGGAAGUGUAAAUAUUUGUCUCCUAUACAAAGUUUUGAACAUUAUAAUCCGAUAUACAUAAGUCGAAAACCAUUUGACCACUUUUAUAAAUCUUUUGUAUCUAAAUUUAUGACGUCACAACUUUAAAUGUUAUUAGAGAUUUUGAAGAGCUAUGUGACCAAAUAGUCUUACGAAUUGAGCAACGAAACGCCUUCCCUGGAACAGACACCAAGAGGCCCUAGUGUAACUGGCUCCAAACUACUUUUUGUAUAUUUCUAACUCAAUAAUGUUGAGUUGUUUAUUUCAGUUUUAUUUUUAUUCUAUUUUCCAUUAAAACAUUAUUAUUAAAAUUACAAACAUUAUUUUGGGGUUUUUUAAUUAAUAUAAUACUAUUUAGAUUAUUUUUCUAUAAAAUAGUUAUGCAAAAUAUAAGUUAAUUUUAUUAUAUUUUCUUAUAUAUACUGAUAAAAAAACAAAACUUAAAAUAAGAAACAAACAAAUACAAAAAAAAAAAACAAAAAUAAAAAAGAGUAAAACGCAAACCGCAAACACGGAAGAAAAAAAGCCCAAGUUUGUUGUUUUAAAAGUUAGCCAAGAGUAGAAAAUUUAUACUUAAAUCAAAAUAACAAAAAACAAAAUCCACUCUAAUUUUCAUUACAACAACAUUCCAUUGCCAAUA